AUGCCCACAACACAAACCUUCGUUUUUCCGUGGCACCUCCCCCUCUUUCUUUUUCUGAUCCUUUCUCCGUUUUGCGGCGGCUCCGGUGCCGGAGACGCUACGAAACAGGAGCUAUGGUGCGUGGCCAAAAACAACGCGGAGGAUGCCGCUUUGCAGACGGCACUUGACUGGGCCUGUGGUGCCGGUGGAGCAGAUUGCCGCCCAAUCCAGAACGGAGGACCUUGCUACGAUGUUAACAGUGUUCAGAAUACGGCGUCGUUUGCUUUCAAUGAUUAUUUUCUCAAGAACGGUUUGACCGAUGAUAGCUGCAAUUUCAGCAACAAUGCUGCUGUUACUUCCUUGGACCCUAGUCAUGAUAAAUGCAAGUUCCCAUCUGGCAGUUUGGCGGCGAUCAAUGGAAGUUCUUCUGGAUCAAAAUCAUCACCGUCUGCUGGAUUGGGACCCAGCGGAAAUGUGAGCGGAUGCAGUAAAGCUUCUUGGAGGUGGCUGUUCUGGCUCUCGGGCGUCACUCUCAUGGUUUCACUUUAUGCAUAA